GUAAGAAGGCGAGUGUAGAGAAUUCUCCGGCUGGUCGGAGAGGAGGAAUGAAAGGCAAGCAAGAACCACAAGGAGGAGGUAGAUCCCGCUCACCGGUGCACUUCACCUCCGGCCUCGGCACGGAUCGCGACCGGAUCGACCGACUAAUCAGUGAACCGAGUGAAUUAACGUUUCGUGAAUCCCCAUUUUGUGUCGUUGGCAUAGUGUUUUCAGCGCUGUUGUGAUCGUCGAGAGUCGUACAGGUUCAUUUGGCCGAAGGGAAGCUACGUUUGAUCGAUCGCUGCUCGAGCGUUCGCUCGGAGUGACAGACGGUAAAGGAUCCAUCGAGCACGACUGGUGUUUUCAGCGUGUUUUAAGUGGAACUGUGCAGAAGAAUGCGGUAGGAUGCGUAUCCAGGAAAGAUGUUUUCUGCACGCGGUCGUAGGACUUUGCCUGUUAGGCGGAGUCGCCCUGUUGUCGUCGGCCCAAGAAGUUGAGCCACGGACACAAACCACCAUCGGUAGCAUCGUCGAGGAGGUGCCAGGUGUCGAACCGCUUCGCAGCGAAAAGAACGAAACCGUCGAGCGGAAGUCCGAGUACCCUGCUAAAGACCAGGACUCCAAGACAACGGUAGAGCCGAAAAAGAAACCGGUAGAUUUCAAGAUCAAAACCGAUCAGAAGUACCAGAAAGCUAUCAAAGACGAUGACUCGAAACGAGGAGAAACGAGCGAGCCCGCAACGACUACCUCGAUGUCGACAGCGGAAGAGACUACGACAAAGUCGAUAGACCUUGCAUCCGUUACGAUUCCCUUUCUGUUUCGUGGCGAACCUAUCGUAACUCCGUCGAACGAAACGAUCUUGAGAGAAUUGUCGAUGGUGAGCAGCUCCCCGUCGACGUUAGAGAACACCGGUAGCACUACAGAAGCUCGGGCAAUGGAAGAUACCGCUCAGUUUAGAGGUAGAGCCCUCAACAUCUCGGCACCGGAACCAACGAACUCCUUGCACUCGAAUAUCACCGACCUGAGCGACGUUAGCAUGGACGACGACGACAAAGAAGUCGAAGGUGGCGAGUACGUAGCUCUUCACAACGAAACUGCCAUAAAUAUCUCUUCGACGCUACUGCCAAUGGUGACGGUAUGCGUAGAGGGAAAUCAUACUUAUUCGAUCGGCGAGAAGAUCGUGAGGGGCUGCGAGGAAAAAUGCGUGUGCGGCGAGGGCGGCGUGGCAAUGGAUUGCAAACCACUUUGCAGUUCGCCAUAUGUCAGGGCAAAUAGAGGAAUCGAGGACCCGUUGUGCCAAGAAAAGCUGGUCAGCGAAGAACCGUGCUGCGCGAUUUUGGUCUGCGCUGCUGAUUCGGCACCCGAACCGGAGGAAACUUGCGUGUUCGGGAACAAAACAGUGAUGAGAGGCCAACGCGUAGAGGAUGGCUGUUCGAGAAUCUGCAUCUGCGAAGCCGGCGGUAACCUAAAGUGUCAAGCGAGGUGUCCACCGAACGACACGACCUCCGCGACCAAUCAGCACGACCGUUGCGUUGUCCUCACCGAUCCAAGAGACUCUUGCUGCACGAUCACCCUCUGCGACGUCACUCUAGGUGACCACGAGAUUAGGCCGGAAACCUCGAACGACCUGACCGUGAACCUUACCGACGUGAAGGUCCUCAAUUCGACGGCGAUCAAGCUAAAGUUGUCCGCGAAGAAUCCUCAAGACGUCACCGUAGAAAUAUCCGACAACAAUCACGUGUGGAGGCAGCAGAAACCCGACAGAGAGGGUAUCUUGUCGAAUUUGGAACCCGCCCACUCGUACUAUGUGCGAGUGAUCGAAGGAAGUCGAACAGGCCCGGCCCUGCAGGUCUUUCUUCCCGCGGAAGUGGUCAAGACGAACAUCUCGGACAAAAUGGCAGACAAAAAUUCCUGCAGCCACAUGGGGAAAACGUACAAGAUGGGAGCCGAAUGGUACGACGAAUGCAUUUCUUUCUGCACCUGCGUAGAGGGUGGCAAGACGGAGUGCUUGACCAUCGAGUGCCCCACGGAUUUUGGACUGGACGUUUUGGACCCCCACUGCUUGGACUGGGAAACUGUACCUCCUAAUUUCAUCCCAAAACCCCCACACUGUUGUCCUCAGGAAGUGCGAUGUAGAAAUAAUGGGUCUUGCAAUUACGAGGGCAACAUGUACGACAACUGGAGCGAGUUGCCCACGAACGUGACCGGAUGCGAGAAACGAUGUUACUGCGAGAUGGGAAAUGUAUCCUGUCAGGCUGCUUGUCCACCGGUCCCAGCAUUGCCACCUGCGACUCUGCCUUGUCCUCAGUACCAGGUUGCCUUGAUGCAUUUGCCUAAUGACGAGUGCUGUCUGGAAUGGGGUUGCAGUCAUUCGUCCAGUCAGCUACCAGGAACGAACGCGACGCCCGCGUUCCCGGGCCCCUUAGCCACAGACACGUUCGAUAGCAAAAGACCGACUAACAACUCGGGAUCGACCGGGCCCAGCCAGCAACCGGGACGUGGGACUUCGAAAGACGUUGUUAACGCGCACACAGACACCACCACCACCCACGGACUCUUCCAUUACCCCAUGGACCCUGGACACCCCACGGUACCGUACAACGGACCGUACAGUCCCGACUACAAACCCACUCAUCCCACCGUAGAGGAUGUGUUCCACUUGUCUCCCCACACUGAGAAACCUCCGAUGAUCCCGAAAGAGAAGUCCAAGUCGAAAGCGGACGCCAAGAAACCGGUCGAGCCUAUCGCGAAACCGCACAAAGACGACUACUUUCCUGGACCGUUGGCGCCGGAUAAAUUCCCCGACAAAAGCCUACUUCCCGUCAACGCGAACGAGAAUCAGCCGUUCAUACCGACUCCCUUGAAUCCUAACAAGCUACCGCCCACUCAGAAAAUCGCUCACCCGACGGAUCAUCCGCAAUUCAUUCCGCUGAAUCCACACCACGAUGGACCAGGAUUCGCGAACGUUCCUCAAAACGGUUUUAACGCGCCGCUCGACAAUUCCGCGACAGGCCCCGCUUAUGUCCCUUCCAUACUAGCCGCGGAUGGUCUCGAUCCUAACGUGAUCGUUCCCGUGAAUCCUAAGAAGAAAACUCCCUCGGGCGACGCGUUCGACGCGGACAAGGGUAAACAUCCGGGAGGAUUGGCCACUAGACCGAAACCGAAUCCCGAACAAGAGGUACUUCCCGAAGAAUUGUAUCAUCUUAUUAAUCUGCAACACCCAGGGUUGGUACAACUGGACCAUAAUCCACCCGAAGGCCACCCAGGCUUGUACGAUAUCCAUCAACAGAUAUCGGGUCAGAAACACACGCCCAACAAUCAAAUUCAACCAGGGUACUUUGGUCCGUCGGCCAGUGGUCCGAAGAAGCCCAUGAAGCCUCCUCACGUUUACACGCAAAAGAACGAAAACGGCCAGACGACGUAUCACAUUCACACGCCAGACAUACCGAACACGCCACAGCAGAUCGAGGAACUGUUAGCACACAUCGGCCAACACGAUCCUAAUCCUGGACCGUUCCAACACUAUCCCGGCCAACCGGCCAUACCCCAUAACGUGCCACCGGCUGCUCCGGCCGCUACUCUUCACAUUGACGCUCACAUACCGCAUUCAGGACUCACGCACUUGAACCAUCCGUUCGCAGCACAAACGCCCAACCAGUCAGGCAUGGAACAUAACGUACCAUCAGGUUUCCCGUUGCCUGGUACCAUCCCAGGAUUCCCUGCUGCUUCUUCCGCGGACGAAGUCACCGUACAGAUCCUCGAAGCCCUGGAUGAGCACACCGUUCGUCUGGUUUUCACCGUUCCACAAGUUUUGGUCGGGCUUCAUGGCCGUGUCGAGCUGCGAUACACCAACGAUAAAACAAACUUUGACGUCUCCACCUGGAAGUCCCAAGUAUUCGCUCCUCCGAAUGACCUGAUCGCGACCCCACAGCUAGAGUUCGAAUUAGGCGAUCUGAAGCCAUCCACCGAGUACAAGGUGAAGAUCACGGUCAAGUUAAAGGAUCUGGCCAACAGUCCUACCAGCAAGAUCUACAGCGUGAGGACAUUGGAGAAGAGAGCCGAGGCGACCACGCUACCACCUCAGAUACCGAUCGACGCUGAACUUCAAGCAACAGAGGUCAAUUCUACCUGGGUCAACGUAAUGUGGAGGACGUUUACCGAAUACGAGUUGCAGUUCAUCGACGGUGUUCAGCUAAGGUACAAGGAGCAAGGAAACAAGAUGUACGCUGCCACACCGUUGAUCCACAGGGCGGUUCAGAAUUACGUGAUCGAAAAUUUGAAACCGUCGACCACUUACGAUGUUGGUAUUUACUUCGUGCCAUUCCCGGGGCAAUUGACGGAACUAAUCAGCGAGAAGACGAUUCGCGUGACCACGUCGAUGGAACCAGACCCGUAUUCGUUCGACGUCAAGGUAGAAAUUAAGACGAUCAAAUCAACGGAUGUGGAGGUGACGUGGAGCGGAGUGCCUUACCCAGAAGACAAAUACGUGAACAUCUAUAGGGCGAUCUAUCAAAGCGACAGCGGUAAAGAGGAUACGAGUACGUUCAAGAUCGCCAAGAGAGAUUCCCACCCGAAGACCGUGAUCAGCGACCUGAAACCGGGCACCAGGUAUCGUCUGUGGCUCGAGGUUUACUUGACCAACGGAAGGAUCAAGAAAAGUAACGUACAGGACUUUGUUACCAAGCCUGGCAUACUCCUACCUGGUACGGUCUCUCAUCAAGCAGGAAAGCUUGCGUCGCUCCCCCUUCACGAAAGUGAUUAUUAUGGGCCCUUGGUAGUAGUGGCCAUUGUCGCAUCUCUAGCGAUCUUGUCGACUCUAAUUCUUUUGAUGAUGCUAAUGAAAAGAAGAACUAGCAGUAAGGCUGACAUAUCCUCCCGUAAAACCACGUCGGCGUACGACAAUCCUUCCUACAAGACCUGUGAGGACGCUGUGAACGGAAUAUCGAACGGUAGGAACAAACAUUCUGAUCACGAGAUGGCCACCAUCAACGUUAAAGAGACCGCUUGAGGUUUAAUAAUUUAUUAAAUUCUAUUUAUUUCUACGUUCGUUGAGUCCUUCCAUGUUAUCGUCAAAAAUAUUUCUCGAACGAUUAUACAACGGACUUGCUACGCGAAGGACUGAUACCAGAAAGUGCCUGAGACUACUAUUGGCAUAAUUAGAACUUUCGUGUAGGAUGGGUCAGGUGGACUUGUUUCUCCAUGCUCACCGAGUACAGUACAUUUCCAUAGGGAAAAUGGCAAUGCGAAAAGAAUUUUUCAACUUUCAUAAUUCCAAAUCUCGUCAUUUCCAAAUUCCCAAGUUCCGAAUUUUAAGAAAUGAAAAUCCUACCAUCCAUUUCCAUUGCUACUUUUUUUUUAAGGAAAAACCUGCUGUACUCGGUGCUGAACCUACUCCAAUAAUUUCGGACGAAGGAGCUCAGCCCACCUUGAACCCAUCCCAAUUAUGCCAAUGGCAAUUACUAAAAAGCGAUAUGCAAUAUGAACAGCGCAAUAAGAAACGUAAAUCGUUUAACAACUUUCGAUAAGUGGUAAUGUAAUUAAAACUUGUACAUAGCGUUAUCGUGCGACGUUAACGAUCGCGUUUAGAUGAUAAGGUAACGAUUUAAGAGGAGCAGAGUUCACGAAGGAAAUAUCGUUCUACAUAGAUAACGGCGAAUGCGAAUUCGUAAUGGUUCCCUAUACGUGCAUUAUUGAUCCAUACGCGUUUAUUUUAUGUAUUUAAUGUAUGUUAAGUCGUAAACAAGCAAUCUCAUUGGAUCACAAUGAUUCAGUUUGCAUUUUGUACAGUCUGCAUUUACAGUGUUAGAAAUUUAUAUGAUAAAUAAGGUAUAUUACAAUGUUUGAGUCCGAAUCGAAUAAAAUUGUUUAUAAACUAUGAAAAGGAUUUUAUUAUCAAGGAAUCUGGCACAUAUAACAAUGUUGUACACUUAUUCUAGAAACUACCUUGCCAUACGAAAGACAACUUCAUGCUUAGCUUAUAAUCUAGAUUCUAGAAGAUACAAAAGUUACGAUGCUAGACAUAUAAUUUGUUCUUAUAAUUGAGUAGUAAAA